GAAGGCCCAAAGAACAAAAAAUGCCGUAGCCCUGGAAUUUGAUAUGAUCAGCCUUGGGAGUCGAACCAUGGACCUGAUUGAAAGCAAACGUACAUUUCAGUUUAUAUCUGAAUUCUUCAGGGCAGAAAUUGCUCAGAGGAAUGAUGACGAAUACGAUUACAGUUAACUGAGAUUUUCUGUGGUUUAAUAGAAGCAAGCUAUCAAGAAUAUCUUGAUCCAUAGGACAAUUCCACUCUCCGAAAAAUUACAAGUAAAAUUGUAAAGAAAUUUCUGAGCGAAGACCGUCAUUUGUGUUUUUAUGUGCAUUUUAUUCGUAAAUAAUUCUUUUGGAGUUUAUGUUUAGAAAUUGAAAGUAUUUUGUUUUUCAGUGUGUUUUUAGAGUUCAAUAUUUGCUUGAGAGAGGUCGCAAUCGUUUUAAAAAUAUGCAUUUGUGUAGCAGAAGGAUUCGGUUUGGUCUUUUUGCGUGGAUUUGCGUUUACAAGUAAAUGACUUCGAGUUCACGCAAUUGAGUUCGAAAUUGUCUGUAAUAUACUGUUUAGGUGUGUUUAGGAGUUAAUCUUCCAUGCUUGCAAUGGCUUUUGAUGAUAUUAAUUUUGGUUUUAGGGAUGGUAAGGUCAGUCUAGAGCUGUAACUUUUGGCAACGUUAUAGGUCGGGAUUUUUAUCUUAUAUUCUAAUUCCACUAGAGUUACACAUUUUUUCAUAUUUCCAGUCUCCCUUUGUUGUACAGGAGUUUCUGUCUUCUGCUGUCACGAGAAAGCUUGCAAUAUACUUUUUGUUUUCUUGGUUUUGGUCAAGGCUAGGCUGCGUUCAUGGGACCUUGUAGGUUAUGAUUGUGUAGUUUAUCAUCAGGGGGAAUUCAGGAUAUGUGUUUGAAUUUUUUAUGUUAAUUUUUUGAAUUAAGCCGGGAUAAAUUGAGUGGUGGAGAAUUUGAAUUGAGGGGGGUGAAAUUGAGCACCGGAAAUUGUGGUGGAAUUGAGAAAAUUUUUGGUGCUAAUAUAAUGGGCAAUGUGACAUCUAAUGUGGCUGCAAGAUUUGCAUUUUUCCCUCCCAAACCACCUACUUAUCAGGUGUAUGAGGAUGGCAACAGAUUUUACAUUACUGGGAGUCCUCCUGUUAACAAUAUGGAUGUUACUGUGCUGGAUACUAAAGUAGGGAAUAAAAUAGUGGCAACUUAUUGGCGUCAUCCUUAUGCUCACUUCACAUUGCUUUAUUCCCAUGGCAAUGCUGCUGAUUUGGGUCAGAUGUACGAUCUUUUUAUGGAGCUCAGAGCACAUUUACGAGUCAAUGUAAUGAGUUAUGAUUACUCAGGAUAUGGAGCUUCUUCUGGGAAGGCAACUGAGUUCAAUACUUAUGCUGACAUAGAAGCAGUAUACCACUGUUUGAAGAGAGACUAUGGAAUAAGACAGGAAGACUUGAUUUUGUAUGGCCAGUCUGUUGGAAGUGGGCCAACAUUACAUUUGGCCUCCCGUUUACCAAACUUGAGGGCUGUUGUUCUUCACAGUGCCAUUCUAUCGGGCAUCCGUGUACUAUACCCUGUCAAAAGGACAUUUUGGUUUGACAUCUUCAAAAAUAUUAAUAAGAUUCAACAUGUCAAAUGCUCAGUACUUGUUAUGCACGGAACAAAUGAUGAGAUAGUCGACUGGUCCCAUGGAAAGCGAUUGUGGGAGCUAAGUAAGGAAAAGUAUGAACCUCUGUGGAUCAAAGGCGGUGGUCACUGCAACUUAGAGCUCUAUCCUGAGUAUAUUAAACACUUGCGCAAGUUUAUGCACUCAAUGGAAAAGUUGUCAGCCACAGAAAGUGUCAAGCAAGUACCUAAAGUGCAUCAUCAGACACGACAUAACAAGUGCUUGAGGUUUAGUUUAUGUGACCGACUUGUCUCUCAGGUCUAGCCAAAUUUGAGUUGCCUUGUUCAAGCUAGACAAACAAUUUAUAUGGAGACUGCAUGAAGUUUUACAGCCAAUAAAUUGUUUAUCUUUACAUACGGAUAUGUCAAUAGGACAACUGUGUGCAAGGCCAGGAAUCCUGGUAUGGUUGCUUAAUUUUGCAUGGGCUUCCUCAUAAGGUAUACUGUUCUGUCAGGAAGCUGGUUUUUCUUCUAUUCCAAAGGGUCAACACACUCAAGUGCCUGGAAUAUUUGUAUGAGUUCAAAGGUGAGCACUAUGUCUUAUUGUGAGGGCAUUGUGCUAGAUUUUUUCAUAAUCUCUGUGCUACGUUCUUUAGAUGGGGUUCGUCAAUGUAGGAUUCACCAUACUGUUAUGUUUUAGGAUGAUAUCAGAAUUGUAUGGGAGAAAUGUAAGUCCCUGACAUGUAUUAUUGUGGUGUGUAAUUUUGAUGCAUGACUCUGCAUUCAUAUCAAAAUGUAAGUGUAAUUUGAUGUAUGUCUGAGUACAUUGGUAGAUCUUCAAAUUAAAGUUUUGUUCUAUAUGUUUA